CCCGAGGCAAACCGGCAACAGGACAGAGUCAAAGAAGCGUCAGCGGCCGCCGGGAAACUAGGACUAAAGCCACUGAAACAAAAAGGCUCUGUUUCGAUUCACUAAGUGAAACCAAGUUAUUAACCUCGUAUCUGAGUGUUUGCCGUUGUGUAGUAAGAUACCGUCACUUUAGAAGAGACGGUGCGAAUGGUCCGAAGCUCAUGACAAACUCUUCCGCGGUGGCUGUGAAAACACAUUUUCCUCCGAGUCUUUGGCGAAGGUUUUGGCUUGUCAGUUAAUAACAAUUACAGAUUUCCAAGAUACGUUAGGAGACAGUCCGUGUGUCAGUGUAUUUUGGCAGACUGAAUCGUAACUGACUGGGUGGACCUCAGAGCCGAGCGGCCCGCAUUAGGAGCCGGGGUAAGCGAGGAUAUUCAGCGGCUUGGAAUAAACCUUCAGCCCGUAUUUUAUCCCCUGGAGCCGGCUAGAAUCCGGACAGAGACCUCAUGAAUGGAAAUCGGAACUACAGGAGCCGUUGGGGCUGCGCCCCUGUUCUCCGUACCUCGGAGGCCAGGCUAUGGCACCAUGGGGAAGCCCAUCAAGCUGCUGGCCAACUGCUUCCAGGUGGACAUCCCCAAGAUGGACGUCUACCUGUACGAAGUGGACAUCGAUCCAGAAAAGUGCCCACGGCGUGUUAACAGGGAGGUGGUGGAUUCCAUGGUGCAGCAUUUUAAAGUGACAAUCUUUGGGGACAGAAGACCGGUCUAUGAUGGCAAGAGAAGCCUGUACACCGCACAUCCGCUACCAGUGGCCACAGCGGGGGUGGACCUAGAUGUGACCUUGCCAGGUGAAGGUGGAAAGGACAGGCUGUUUAAAGUCAACAUUAAGUUUGUUUCGCUGGUCAGCUGGCACCUACUGCAUGAGGUUCUCACUGGGCGGAGCACGACUGAUCCGCUGGAGCUGGAUAAGCCAAUCAGCACCAAUCCUGUACAUGCUGUGGAUGUGGUGCUGCGCCAUCUGCCCUCUAUGAGGUACACCCCGGUUGGGCGGUCUUUUUUCUCCUCCCCUGAGGGCUAUGAUCACCCAUUGGGUGGGGGGAGGGAGGUGUGGUUUGGGUUCCACCAAUCCGUGCGACCAGCUAUGUGGAAGAUGAUGUUGAACAUUGAUGUGUCUGCCACUGCAUUCUACAAAGCUCAACCUGUGAUUCAGUUCAUGUGUGAGGUUCUGGAUAUCCACAACAUUGAUGAGCAGCCUCGUCCUCUUACUGAUUCCCAUAGAGUCAAAUUCACCAAAGAGAUCAGAGGUCUAAAGGUGGAGGUCACCCACUGUGGCACCAUGAGGAGGAAGUACAGGGUGUGUAAUGUAACUCGCCGGCCAGCCAGCCACCAGACGUUUCCUCUCCAGCUGGAAAAUGGACAGACUGUGGAGAGAACAGUGGCUCAAUACUUUAGGGAAAAGUACAGCUUACAGCUCAAAUAUCCCCAUCUGCCCUGCCUGCAAGUGGGACAGGAGCAAAAACAUACUUACCUGCCUCUGGAGGUGUGCAACAUUGUGGCAGGCCAGCGCUGCAUUAAAAAAUUAACAGACAACCAAACAUCCACCAUGAUCAAAGCCACGGCCCGCUCGGCACCAGACAGACAGGAGGAGAUCAGUAGGCUGGUGCGCAGUGCCAACUAUAAUGCGGACCCCUUCGUGCAAGAGUUCCAGUUUCGUGUGCGGGACGAGAUGGCGGAGGUGACUGGUCGUGUCCUGCCCGCCCCCAUGCUGCAAUACGGCGGCAGGGUGAGCUCUGAACACUUUAUGAAUCGAACAGUAGCAACUCCAAGUCAUGGAGUGUGGGACAUGCGAGGCAAACAGUUUCACACCGGAGUCGAGAUCAAGAUGUGGGCCAUCGCUUGUUUCGCCACUCAGAGACAAUGCAGAGAGGAAGUUCUAAAGGGCUUUACAGACCAACUCCGCAAGAUCUCUAAAGAUGCAGGAAUGCCCAUACAGGGCCAGCCAUGUUUCUGCAAAUAUGCUCAGGGAGCAGACAACGUGGAGCCCAUGUUCCGUCACCUGAAGAACACCUACCCGGGGCUCCAACUCAUUAUUGUCAUACUACCCGGAAAAACUCCUGUCUAUGCUGAAGUGAAGCGUGUUGGAGACACACUGUUGGGAAUGGCUACUCAGUGUGUGCAGGUGAAGAACGUGGUGAAGACGUCACCUCAGACCCUCUCCAACCUCUGCCUCAAGAUCAACGUCAAACUUGGCGGUAUUAACAACAUUUUGGUGCCUCAUCAGCGCCCAUCAGUUUUCCAUCAGCCCAUCAUCUUUCUGGGAGCUGAUGUCACUCAUCCCCCUGCAGGAGAUGGCAAGAAACCCUCCAUUGCAGCUGUUGUGGGAAGUAUGGACGCUCACCCCAGCAGGUACUGCGCUACAGUCCGUGUGCAGAGACCCAGACAGGAAGUCAUACAGGAUCUGGCGUCCAUGGUGCGAGAGCUGCUCAUUCAGUUCUACAAAUCCACCCACUACAAACCUACCCGUAUCAUUUUCUACAGGGAUGGUGUGUCUGAGGGGCAGUUCAGACAGGUGCUGUACUACGAGAUGCUGGCUAUUCGUGAAGCCUGUAUCAGUCUUGAGAAGGAAUACCAGCCAGGCAUCACCUACAUUGUCGUACAGAAACGCCACCACACACGGCUCUUCUGUGCAGACCGCACUGAGAGGGUUGGCCGAAGUGGUAACAUUCCAGCAGGUACCACAGUGGACACUGACAUCACCCACCCUUAUGAAUUUGACUUUUAUCUUUGCAGUCAUGCUGGAAUACAGGGGACAAGCCGACCUUCACACUACCAUGUGCUGUGGGAUGACAACUGUUUUACAGCCGAUGAUUUCCAGCUAUUGACCUACCAGCUGUGCCACACAUACGUCCGGUGUACCCGCUCCGUCUCCAUCCCUGCACCAGCCUACUAUGCCCACCUAGUGGCCUUUAGAGCCCGUUACCAUUUAGUGGACAAAGAACACGACAGUGCGGAGGGCAGCCACGUGUCAGGCCAGAGUAAUGGGCGAGACCCCCAGUCCUUGGCUAAAGCUGUGCAGAUCCACCACGACACUAUGAGGACCAUGUAUUUUGCUUAGCCCUGCCUCCCACAUAGCUGUCAAUCACCCGUCAUCAUGCACUUAACUGAGGAGGGCUUCUCCCAACCACAGGCUGCUAAAGAGAACCAAAUGUAACCGAGGAAAUAGCACUGUUAUGCAAUAGAAAAACAGCCAAUCUUUCCAUUGCUGCUUAUGCUUACUGAUUCAUAUGUCUGCAAAAUUUUGUUAAUUUUGCCUGCUUAGGUCACAAAACCAAGCACAAAUGUUUGAUUGAUCGACUUGAUCAGUGAAUGAGGUAGUGUUAUUUGUUUAGGACAGGGUCGAUCAGUAGAUUUCUCCAAUCACACACGAACCAAGACAUCAAGAUCUCCAUGUUUUCAAUUGAAAAUUACACUUUAAAUGUGUGUUGUUUAUUAUUUUAAGGUCUGGUGAAGAUUGAUGUUGGAGGACUGCCACUAGAGGGCAGUGUGACGUUCUGCAAUUAUUAGUUGACAUCUUGGUACUUCAACUGUCGCUCUAGGUGCUUUAAAACAUUUAUUUUUGUGCUUAUCUGAGACUAGUCUUGCUGUUUUUGCUAGUAAUGGUUACAACAUGCUUUUCUAGAGAAACAUUAGCAAAAACUAUAACCUCUUCUUGGAAUGUCUUUCCGUUCCAACUAGUCGGAAUCCACAUCUGUAUUUUUACAUCUUAGUCUUAUCUCGCUUUUUAAACAAAGGAUUCUUAUUGAGGCUUUUACUUUUAUUCCAAUCCCACACUUUUUCAAAUGAUUAUGCUCUGGAUACCUCUGUGAUACAUUAACUUCCUGGUCCAUGCACUGCUUGGAAAAUGCUUCGCCUACCAUUUAACUUGGUUUCCAAGCUGUUCCUUUUGGAUUUCUCCUCGGCUCACUCAUUAAGCAGGGGUGUUGAUUAGCUAAGGGCUGCGGUAUCACUGAAAGGGAAACUUUGAACUUGAGUGACACUCAAGGUUUGGUAAAAAGUUUCCAUGUAGUCAACUAAAUGUUUAUGUAUGUGCGUUGAAUGUCCGGUUCCUCAUUCUUCUGGUAUGCACUUACAGCGCAAGCUUUCGAGUCCGUCGAAGCAUGACCACAUCGUACUUGAUGGAUAUGUGCGCACAUAAAAUUCCACCCAAGGGUAUUCGAAUGCUAAGUUAUCCUUGAAUCUUAACUUUACAACUGUGGGACAUUUCAUAUUUGGCUUACAUUUAUGUUCUUUUGAGGUUAUUUAUGAUUUUGCUUUUAACAUUGUCAAUCGUGCAUCUGUAAAUGAUCUAUUUAAUUUAUCAGUUGUCUAUUCUCAAUUUCCCGUUUUAGCCCUGUGAACUGACAAACACUGUCCCAUAAGCCUUUUAGUGCAAUAAGCCAAUUAUUGAAGGCUUUUUUAGACUUUCAUUGUACAAUGCAAACCUUAUAAGUGAAUGAUUUAUUUUAAAACUUUUUGUGUGGCAUUUUGUAAGAGAACUUGAACGCCAUGGGUGUGAAAGGUUUUAUUGAAAUGGAUUAGCAAAUCAAUUGAUUUGUUUAAGGCAGUUGAAGGACUGGGAUAGUGGGUAACAUAGUUUGGUUGAGUUUACAGAAGAGUUGGUUACUCUCAUCGAUAUGUCUUAUGUGAAAGAUGCGACUUGCUAUCAAGAGGUCUAGGACAAGCUAUUCGUAUAGCCGUCAAUUAAGACGAAGUGCCUGUUUUUUUUGAACACUCUUCAAACGUUCUUUCUUUCCAACUAUCUUUCAGACCUUUUAAUGAAGCUUGUUUCGAAUGAACUUUUUUCUGUCUUUAUUUCUUUCAGUCUUUUUAUCUUUUCUUUCAAACCUUCUUUAUCACCAUUUCUUUUCCUGUAUUUAACAUACUUUCUUUUGAACUAACUUUUUCUGUUUGAACUAACCUUCUUUCAAUUUUUUUUCAAAGCGUUUUAAAACAUUUCUUUGCUCUUUCAAUCUUUCUUUUUAGCUUCUCUUUCAAACUUUCUU